AUGGUUCUUAAUAGUUUAAUAGAAGAGCAACAAUUAUUAGAAAGGCUGGAACCAAAUGAAAUAAUCCAAGAUGAAUUCGACAUUAUUCAUGCCGAAAUGAUGAAAUAUUACCCGGAUGCUCUCAAGGCUGGAAAGUUACUUAAAAAAUCACAAUUUCUCAAAC